AUGUCACAACAGUUGAUGCAUUACACUGAAUUGUUUAGCAAAACUGGCGAUGACAUUGCUCCUGAUGACCACGUGCAACCGAAUCUUUUAUUAGGUUUCGAUGCAAAAAGAGAUAGAUGGAAUGGGUUUGACCCUAGUAGCCAUGAACAGGUCAUCCAGGAGUUUGAACAUUUGGAGGAGACAAGAAAGGCUAUUAAAGCAGAACAGAUUCGCGCAGGACUUCUUGACCCUGAAAAAGGAGGUGCUGACGACGAUAAGUAUGCAGAAGACGCAGAUAUGGCUGGUGUAUCUGUGGAUAUGGACUCAAGGACCCGAAUUACAGUCCGAAAUUUGAGAAUUCGUGAAGAUACUGCCAAAUAUCUUUUCAACCUUGCUGAAAACUCACCAUAUUACGAUCCCAAGUCCCGGUCGAUGCGAGAAAAUCCGUUUGCUAAUGUACAGGGAAAGGAGAAAGAAGCGGCCAAAUUUGCUGGUGAAAACUUCAUUAGGUACACCGGUGAAGUUGUUGAAGCAAACGAAGCGCAAGUGUUUGCUUGGCAAGCGCGAUGUAAAGGUAUUGACGUACAUGCUCUCGCUGAACCUACCAAACUGGAAGCCUUGAAGAAAGAAUUCAAUAAGGAGAAAUCCAACACUGACAACGAACAGCGGAAGACGUUGCUGUCGAAAUAUGGAGGAGAAGAAUAUCUUGAGUCUACACCAAAGGAAUUGCUUUUUGCUCAAACUGAGCAGUAUGUUGAAUACAGCAGAAAAGGAAAAGUGCUGAAGGGUGCGGAACGCGCCCAUGUGUUGAGUCGGUAUGAAGAGGACGUGUACCCGAUGAACCAUACCAGUAUCUUUGGCUUCGUACUGGAAAGAUGGAUUAUGGGGCUACAGAUGCUGUCAUUCGUUUGUCAAAAACUCGUACUGCAUAGGAGAGGAAGGCCUCAAAACUGA